ACCGCGCCCACAAUGCACCGCGAGGGCCCCGGCGCCGGGGCGUGGCUGAACCUCACGGAGGCGUUCCGCCAGGCCUGACAACGAUAAAAAGACAAUUUUGAAGAUGUUAGUGGCAAAAGGGGCUGUUGAAAACGUCUGCUAUGUUCAGGGAAACUUUAGGGCCUUUAGAUAUCCGCAGUGAGCAAUGAAAAGAAAUUGUGAAGCAAAAAAAGCUCUUCCUCGGGCCGGAAACGCCAUAGGACUCCUGAAUCACGUGGUACACACGCGCCAAAGUCCCAAGUUAAAGAAAUAAAAACGGGGGCUUCCUUAUCCUGCACCUUUAAAAUUGGACUUGGUGAAGUUGGGCGCUGCCUUACAGAGGAUCAUUCUUCCAUGUUUCAAGUCGGCUUUCCUCGCUGUUAACAAGAUCGCUGUAUUCUCCGCAGUAGCUGUAAUGGGUUUUUUGCCUGGUUAGCCGACUUCCGCCCAAGUCCAAAAUGGCGGUUGAGCGUUCCUGACCUUUACGGGGUUGGGCGGUGAUUGCAGUCUGAGCUAGUAGGGGGUGGAGCGGUUAGUAAACCGCAAAUGCAGAAGCUGUUGCGCGGGAGUCAGCCAUGGACUGGAAAGAAAUUCUUCGCCGGCGGUUAGCGACGCCCAACACAGAAAAAAGAAGUGAACAAGAAUUAAAAGAUGAAGAAAUGGAUUUGUUUACCAAAUACUACUCAGAAUGGAAAGGGGAUAGAAAAAACACAAAUGAAUUCUAUAAGACCAUACCCCGGUUUUAUUACAGGUUGCCAGCUGAAGAUGAAGUCUUACUACAAAAAUUAAGAGAGGAAUCCAGAGCUGUCUUUCUCCAGAGGAAAAGCAGAGAACUGUUAGAUAAUGAAGAAUUACAGAACUUAUGGUUUUUGCUGGAUAAGCACCAGACACCACCUAUGAUUGGAGAGGAAGCAAUGAUUAAUUAUGAAAAUUUUUUGAAGGUUGGUGAAAAAGCUGGACCAAAGUGCAAGCAGUUUUUCACAGCAAAAGUCUUUGCUAAACUCCUUCAUACAGACUCUUAUGGAAGAAUUUCUAUCAUGCAGUUCUUCAAUUAUGUCAUGAGAAAAGUUUGGCUUCAUCAGACAAGAAUAGGACUCAGUUUAUAUGAUGUUGCUGGACAAGGGUACCUUCGGGAAUCUGAUUUAGAAAACUACAUAUUGGAACUUAUCCCUACUUUGCCACAAUUAGAUGGGCUGGAAAAGUCUUUUUACUCCUUCUAUGUUUGUACAGCAGUUAGGAAGUUCUUCUUCUUUUUAGACCCUCUAAGAACAGGGAAGAUUAAAAUUCAAGAUAUUUUAGCAUGCAGCUUCCUAGAUGAUUUAUUGGAGUUAAGGGAUGAGGAACUGUCCAAGGAGAGUCAAGAAACGAACUGGUUUUCUGCACCUUCUGCCCUAAGGGUAUAUGGCCAGUAUUUGAAUCUUGAUAAGGAUCACAAUGGUAUGCUCAGUAAAGAAGAACUGUCCCGCUAUGGAACAGCAACCAUGACCAAUGUCUUCUUAGAUCGCGUUUUCCAGGAGUGUCUCACUUAUGAUGGAGAAAUGGACUAUAAGACCUACCUGGACUUUGUUCUUGCGUUAGAAAAUCGAAAAGAACCUGCAGCUCUGCAGUAUAUUUUCAAAUUACUUGAUAUUGAGAACAAAGGCUAUCUGAAUGUCUUUUCACUUAAUUACUUCUUUAGGGAUGAAAUCUUUGACAUGGUUAAACCAAAGGAUCCUUUGAAAAUCUCUCUUCAGGAUUUAAUCAACAGUAAUCAAGGAGACACAGUCACCACCAUUCUAAUCGAUCUGAAUGGCUUCUGGACUUAUGAGAACAGAGAAGCUCUUGUUGCAAAUGACAAUGAAAACUCUGCAGACCUUGACGAUACAUGAUCUCUCAAAAGACUAGACUGUGUUCAUUAAGAUAAGCUUGAAUGCUGCAUGCAAAACCUUUCAAGCACAAUCCUUAGAAACAGUCUAAA